CGUCGUGUGAAGCUCAACCCACUGCUCUUUGAAUCAAACCUCUGUCUCUGGUCGUUGAUACCCUAGAGAGUUCCUUUUAACGCGGAAAAAAUCCCCGCAGCGGGGUCCGGUGCAAAGAUGGCGAUGAACCUUGACAUGUCCAAUGCCCAGGUGAUGAAGGACGAGUCAGGGCGGCCAUUUAUUAUUGUCAGAGAUCAGGGCAAGAAGAAGAGGCAGCAUGGAACUGAGGCGGUCAAGUCACAUAUUCUCGCUGCACGAACAGUCGCGAAUAUCGUCAAGACAUCACUCGGUCCAAGAGGGCUGGACAAGAUCUUGAUAUCCCCCGACGGAGAUAUCACCGUCACAAACGAUGGCGCCACAAUUCUCUCCCAAAUGGAAAUAUCAAACCACGUAGCCAAGCUGCUCGUAGAACUUUCGAAGUCCCAGGAUGACGAGAUUGGCGAUGGCACAACUGGCGUCGUUGUGCUCGCCGGAGCACUGCUCGAACAAGCUGCAGACCUCAUAGACAAGGGCAUACAUCCCAUACGGAUAGCAGACGGAUACGACCAGGCGUGCGAGGUGGCGGUGGCAGAGUUGGACCGGAUCAGCGACAUAAUUCCCUUUUCCAAGGAAAACUCCUCGAAUCUUUUCAAGGUUGCGAAGACGAGCUUAGGAAGUAAGAUUGUCUCCAAGGCACACGAUCAGUUCGCGCAAAUUGCGGUGGAUGCCGUGCUAUCGGUCGCCGACCUCGAACGAAAGGAUGUCGACUUCGAACUCAUCAAGGUGGACGGAAAGGUUGGUGGCUCACUCGAGGAUACUACCUUGGUGAAGGGCGUUGUUGUCGACAAGGACUUCUCUCAUCCGCAGAUGCCCUCGGAGGUUAAGAACGCGAAGCUGGCCAUCCUUACCUGUGCCUUUGAGCCCCCGAAGCCCAAGACUAAGCACAAGCUGGAUAUCACAUCCGUGGAAGAGUUCAAGCGUCUCCAAAAGUACGAAUCCAACAAGUUCACCGAGAUGAUUCAGCAGAUCAAGGACACAGGAGCGAACGUCGUGAUCUGUCAAUGGGGAUUCGACGAUGAGGCCAACCAUCUUUUGCUCACCAACAAGCUCCCCGCAGUCCGAUGGGUCGGCGGUCCAGAAAUCGAGCUCAUUGCCAUUGCCACGAAUGGCAGGAUAGUACCCCGAUUCGAGGAUCUUAGUGCAGAGAAGUUAGGAACUGCCGGUAUUGUGCGCGAAGUGUCUUUCGGCACGACGAGAGAUAAGAUGCUUGUCAUUGAGGACUGUGCAAACACGCGGGCUGUAACAGUGUUCGUCAGGGGAAGUAACAAGAUGAUCAUCGACGAGGCCAAGCGCUCCUUGCACGACGCGCUCUGUGUUGUUCGAAAUCUCGUCAAGGACAACCGCAUCGUCUAUGGUGGAGGUGCGGCAGAGAUUGCGUGCUCAUUAGCCGUUGAAGAUGCAGCGAUCAAGAGUCCUGGUCUGGAGCAGUAUGCGAUGCGCGCCUUUGCCGACGCGCUGGAUGCCGUGCCAAUGGCCCUUGCCGAGAACUCCGGCUUGAGUCCAAUCGAGACGCUGGCGGCUAUCAAGUCUCGCCAGGCGAAGGAGAAGAACACGCGCCUAGGCGUUGACUGCAUGCAGACCGGGAGCAACGACAUGCGCGAGCACUUCGUCAUUGACCCGCUCAUCUCGAAACGGCAGCAAUUGCUACUAGCCACGCAGCUAUGCAGAAUGGUGUUGAAGGUCAACAACGUUAUUAUCGCCGGCGGUGAUGACAAUGAGUUCUAGGUGCGGUCGCAGUGGACUGGCUGGAUCGGCUCAGAUGCAGAACUACUGCUUCAAUAAAGUGCCAGUACUCAGGAUGACGGGGAACUCGAAACCACAUUCUUCGCCACGAAACUGGCCUCCUACUAGGAGCAAUCCUUGCUUAAGCAUCGGUUGUGUUGUAGAACGUUGGCAUAGCUGGCCGAAACCCCUACCCAUAAACGGCCAAACCUCUACCUAGAUAGCGUCGAGCGAAAAUGUACUGUAAAGACCGUUUGGCAGU